UCCGGAGCGCACCCAGUCAGAGCCGGACAUCGCGCGGUGGUCGGUCGGUUCCACGGGAGGAAAAUUGUCCCAGGGCGUGCUAUCGGAGCUGGUUUUUCACGUCGUCGUUGCGUCGCGUGUUACGUGUCGGGGCUGAACCCGGGUUUGGCCAGUUUUUUGGACCGUGCAGGUCGUCGUCGUGGUUCCGGUGGAUUGAUUUCGCGUGUCACUAGGGUGGUGCAUUCGUUUGAGGGUUCCAAACUACCCCACCCAUUUUCGUUCUCAGAAAAGCCGGAAGUGGUCGGACCCGUCAAAAAAAAAAGUUGUCCCCGGGUGACGAACGUCCGAGAUUAGUGCCAUGAGGGAAUCAGGAUAAAACAGCAAAAAAAAACAGCGCGUCUCUUUUUCCGGUGAACAAAAAGAAAAACAACCUCCCACGCGGGUCGUCCUUGCCAUCGCCUCGUGGGCACGGAACGGAAAAUGAAGGAAAAACGUGCUGUUGUUUUUCCCGCCGUCGCCGCCAGUGGGCGCCCAGUCAAGUGAAACUUUUCGCCGGUUGUCGUAAUUUUUCUUGAGCUUUUUUUUUUGUGUGCCCUCUCUGUCUCGCUUUUGUGGUUGUGGUGGUGGUGGUUGCGAAAGUCAUCUGAUUAUUCAAUUUUGUUGUGGUCGUGUGGCGCGUUAAGCGUGAAAAAAGAAGAAAAAGAGGGGGGGAAAACGUGCGAAGAAAAAUACGUUGACAAGUGGAUGAGCCAAAGUCACCCGCCGACCCCUCUCCCUGGCAGAAAAGCAGCGGGUGGUGUUAUUUGUUUCAACCAGAAAGAAGCAGGAGGGGGGAAAUCCUCCUAUUUGCCUCCCUUAAGGGUGGUGGUGGGUGGUUGUGUUAUCGUCGCUUCGAGUAUCAGCUGGAAGCUGUUGCCGAUAAAAAGUGAAAAAGUGACAAACGAGAAGAGAGAAGUGGGGUUUGAGAUUGUGAAUUUGGAAAAAAAAGUUCAGAAAAAAAGUGUCGAGUGGAAACGAAAAAUAAUAAUAACAGCGAACAGUGAGGAAUAUUCAUCACGAAAACGUGCAGAUUGCAGAGAGACGGUGACAAACGUUCAAAGUGUUUGCUGUUUAACAGUACAGUUAUUGAAUAAGCAGAAACAUCCCCCACAGGAAGGCCUCUGAAGCAUCCUUUUGUGAGGUGGUCUGGUCUAAAUGAAUUUUGAAACAUCUCUCUCCGUGUGCUGAAGCUUUUUUGCACUUUUUCAAGGACUUGAAGCUUGAAGGGUCAUGAGAUAAUAAUAAUAAUAAUAAUAAUAAUAUCUAGCAAAAAGGAAGAAGGUGAACAAGUCCCGGUGGUCGGCUAGAGGUCCUUCUCGCUCGAGGGGUCAACGAGAAGAACCCGAGGAAAAACCAGGAAAAAUCACCACCCAUUAGUCACAAUAAACUCCGAAGGCUGAAGUAGAAGCGUUUGCUGCUGGUGGUGGUGAAAACAAGGAAUAUCAAGUGUUUACCGGUUGAAUGAGUGAGUGGAAGAAAAAAAAAUCUUGAAUCACCUUGCCCACCUGGUCAAAGAGGGGGUGAGGCAGAGUUCGCAGAGAGGAAAAUUGUGAUUUAUUUUAUUUCUGUGGAAAAGUGUUCCGUUCUUUUUUCUUUUUUUUUCUUUUUGGCCUUCGGCCUCCACGACAAAUGAGUUUUAAAAAGUGGGGCCAUUGAAGAAGGGCCAAGGGGCGCAACGAAAAAAAAAUUGCGAAGAAAGACGCGUGAAAAUAUAUAUCAUUAUUAAUGCCACUUUUUAUUUUGCCUAAUUUGUUACCGGUCCCCCACGUAGAACCCUCUUCGUCCCUAAUGAGGGCCAUAAAUUGACGCGAGCGGUGCUGGAGGAAAAACCACGCGCCCGGAAAAAAAACAGUGUCGCGUGUCGCUGGGGGUGGAAAACAACUGCGAAACAAUGACGUCGGCGCCCUAACGAAGUCACAUUUAUCACACUUUUUUUGCUGAGGAAGGAAGAGAAAUUAACAGUAUUCAAAUCAAAGAAAGUUUGAAAAAAGUUUCCCGAAAAAAACAACUCAGAAGAAAAGCAAAAAUGAACAAAAACAAAUCGCAACCCGGAAAUCCAGCCAAGAGGACACUGGAGCUCGGGGGCGGCCCCCGACCAGCCCGGCCAAGUCUCCCGGUGGGCCUGCUCCUCCUGGUGACACUCAACGUAAACUGCAACUGGGGGGGUGCCCUCAUGGUACGGGCGGACCCCUCGUCGCGAACUGGAAUUGAUCAUUCAGCAGCAGCGCCCGGCACCGCCGGAAGAGGCCCAGAUGAGCACGAGCAACGAGUGCAUCAUUACGGAAUCACCUCGUCGGCAUCGCUGCCCUCGCUCGGGGGAGCCGGGGUAGGAGGAGGAGGCACCGGUUACAGUGUUGCCAGUGGUGGGGCCGAUAAGCCGUACUUUGACGAUGUCAACUCGCGCAACGUAACGGCCAUCGUCGAGGACACGGCCGUGCUGCGGUGCCGCGUCAAACACAAGGGCGAUCGAACGGUGUCCUGGAUGCGCAAACGGGACCUCCACAUUUUGACGUCGGACAUUCACACGUACACCGGCGAUCAACGGUUCUCGGUGCUCCAUCCGCCGGACUCGGACGACUGGGACCUCAAAAUUGAGUACGCCCAGCAGAAGGACAGCGGCAUCUACGAGUGCCAGGUCAACACGGAACCGAAGAUCAACCUGGCGAUUCUGCUGGACGUUACAGAGGAACGUGAUUACGUGCAAGCAUCGGGAGGAAAGCACUUUAUCGGCACCAACGGAAUAGAUUCUUUCUCGACAGCAGCGCGGGCCAAAAUCAUGGGCUCCCAGGAGGUGCACGUCAAGAAGGGCAGCACCAUCUCGCUGUCCUGCGUCGUCAACGUGCACGCGUCGUCCAUCUCGUGGUACCACGGCUCAUCGGUGGUGGACUUUGACUCGGUGCGGGGUGGCAUCAGCCUGGAAACGGAAAAGAACGAAGCCGGCACGACCAGCCGGUUGCUGCUGACGCGGGCCACUCUGCGAGACUCGGGCAACUACACGUGCGUCCCGUCGGGAGCCAUCUCGUCCAGCGUGCAGGUCCACGUGCUCAACGGUGAACAUCCAGCUGCGAUGCAAACCAGCAGUGGUCCACCGGCGACGACCUGCUGCUGCCCGUCGAGAUAUUUGCUGCUGGUGUUACUCCUGACACUGCACAGCAGUAACAUCAGUAAACUAAUCCACUUCAUAUCAACUCUGCUCGAAAUGGUCCGUUCCGUGCUGACUUCGGUUCGUUUUAAAAUUCGACGUCGUCGUCGUCGCUCGCGAGUCGUCCCCGUGAGUCGUGGCAGUAAUUGCAGCGUCCGAGCUGCCGCUUUGUCCUGUAAUCAUCCCGAGCCCAGCUUACGUCCAGCAGUGUUGCGCCAGCAAAGAUGAUCCCAACGCUAAUAGAACGGCGUAGCAUCACCACUAGGAACCAGCUGCACAUCUUGUUUCAUCCUCAUCAACUUCAACGUCACCAUCAUGGCAACGAACCUCGCGGGUCGUCGCUUCUGUGAAUAGUCAUCUCCACCCAACCCAGUAAAUAUAAGAGCAACUGUACCGAAAACAACCAAAAGAGAGGCAAAACAUUAAUGGGUGUAGUGUUAACUGAGGAAAAAACAACAUUUUCUAUCCCCUUUCUUCCCUGCCCCCCACACACACACUUUGGUCCGUCAGAAAAUGCAAAGUGACACACACUCUUUACAGGUUCGGAUUGCGAGGAUAAACAGUACAGCCAAGUUCUAAAAGGGUCUUCCGGUUGCACGGUUGACUUUGGAAUUACUGACUUCAGAGCAAAUUUGAGUUUGUUUUCAUCUGUUUAUCUUGUUUCAAAUCUCCUUUUUUUCUUUUUAUAUUACAUCUGGUGAUGGAUUUCCUGACGGAUUAUAUUGAAUAGUUAAUUUAAAUAUUUAUCUUCUAAAAUGUUAAUGGAUCAUUGAAAAUGAUUUUGAGUACCGUAAACCGGGGUGACUUUGAUAGGAUUUCAACUUGUUUUUGGAAUAUUUUCCAACAGGUAAGGUUUUUCUCAAGAUUCUUAUUUUUAAAACAUGUACUGGGGUAG